AUGGUGGCCAGAGCAGCUGAAGAGACUGGGGCUCUCACCUUGGCUGAUGAAAAGCCCAGGGAAGGAGUCAAGACUGAGAGCAACAACCAUGCUAAUUUGAAGGUGGCGGGGCAGGAUGGUUCUGUGGUGCAGAUGAAGAUUAAGAGGCACACACCUCUCAGUAAACUAGUGAAAGCCUACGAUGAACGACAGGGUUUGCCAGUGAGGCAGGUCGGAUGCCCAUUCAAGGGGCAGCCAAUCAAUGAAACAGACACAUCUGCACAGUGGGGAAGGGAGGGUGCAGCUGACGUGUUCCGGCAGCAGACAGGCGGUGGCUACUGA